UAAAGUAUGAGGAUCCGAUGAUCACAGGGCAUCUGAGCAAACCGCUGCUCUCCCUGCGUGCCGAUAUGGACGCCUGCGAGCUGCGGGAUGACGACAAAGCGGCCAGCCCAGACAGCGAGUUCAAUGAUGAGCCCUUGAUGCUGUCAGCUGACACAGACUCGGAGGAGAAGAUGUAUGGGGGGCGAGUUGGUUCAGUUCAGUCCGAUGCAAACAGCAGCCCCACAGAACAUGGUCAUUUGGGCCAAACUCACCCCACGUACCCAGUAGGACCACAGUCUCUACUUGUGGCCCAGCAGCUGGCGUCAGCUGUUAGUGGAGUGAUGUCCGGUGGGACCCCGGGUCUGAACCAACCCAUUCUCAUCCCCUUUAAUGCUGGUGGGCAUCUGGGUGGGCAGCAGGGCCUGGUCUUGUCUCUGCCCACUGCUGCCAACAUACAGGGCCUGGUGGCAGCCGCUGCUGCUGGAGGAAUCAUGACUCUACCCCUACAGAACCUGCAAGCUACCUCAUCCCUUAACUCACAGCUCCAGCACCUCCAACAGCUACAGCAGCUGCAGCAUCACCAGCAACAGCAACAGCAUCAUCAUCAACAGCAACAACAACAGCAUCAUCAUCAACAGCAGCGGGAACGAGAGCAUCGCGAGCGAGAACGAGAGCAACGAGAACGAGAGCAACGAGAACGAGAGCAACUCUGCGGUCCAACGCAUCUCCCACCACCCAGUCAUCAGUUAACUCCUCCGAUCCAAUCAAAAGUGACUGGACCUUCCCCGAGCUCCACCUCCUCCAAUCAUAACUCAGCUCCAUCUCCCCAGUCUCCCACCCCCACUCACAGGCAAAACCAAUCACCAGCUCAUAGCUUGCCCUCACCUGUCACGCCUCCUCUUCCACUACAGGAGAAUGCAUUUCAUCUACUCCAUCAGAGAGAGAAAGUGAAGGAGACUCUUAACCCUCUGGCCAGUCAGGCAGCGGUUGCCGCGGCAGCAGCGAUGGGUUCAAUUGCCGGGUCACAAGUGUUUGGAAAUGCACUCUCCAGUCUGCAGGGGGUCACUGGGCAGCUGGUCACCAAUGCACAAGGACAGAUCAUUGGUACGAUCCCUUUGAUGCCAAACUCUGUAGGAUCUUCCAGCCAAUCAGGGGGUGGCACAGCCUCACUGCAGGUACAGCCAAUCACACCGCAGCUGCUGACCAAUGCACAGGGUCAGAUUAUAGCCACCGUGAUUGGCAACCAAAUCCUACCAGUCAUCAACACCCAGGGAAUCACACUGUCACCUAUUAAACCUGGACAACAGUUGCCACAGGCCGCUCAAACUCUGCAGGCACCUCCUGUGUCUCAGCCAGGUCUGCUCCGCAUGCCCCACAGCCAGAGCCCCCUCCGCCAGGCCUCUUCCUCCUCCUCAACAUCAUCCUCCUCAUCCUCAGCUCUCAGCGUUGGGCAGCUAGUCAGCAAUCCUCAAACUGCCCCCAGUGAGGUGGACGGUGUAAACCUGGAGGAGAUUCGAGAAUUCGCCAAAGCGUUUAAAAUUCGCCGACUGUCUCUGGGUCUGACUCAAACUCAGGUGGGCCAGGCUCUCAGUGCAACUGAAGGCCCCGCCUACAGCCAGUCUGCCAUUUGCAGACACACCAUCCUGAGAAGCCACUUUUUUCUACCACAGGAAGCCCAAGAGAACAAUAUAGCUAGCAGUCUGACAGGCAAACUGAACCCUGGCCUUUUAUAUCCUGCCAGGUUCGAGAAGUUGGACAUCACCCCAAAAAGCGCCCAGAAGAUUAAGCCCGUGCUGGAGCGCUGGAUGGCCGAGGCCGAAGCCCGCCAUCGCUCCGGUAUGCAGAACCUGACCGAGUUUAUCGGCAGCGAGCCUUCCAAAAAGCGCAAACGCCGGACCUCUUUCACGCCACAGGCCCUGGAAAUCCUCAACAGCCACUUUGAGAAGAAUACUCAUCCCUCCGGUCAGGAGAUGACGGAAAUCGCGGAGAAACUGAACUAUGAUCGCGAGGUGGUGCGUGUCUGGUUCUGCAAUAAGAGGCAAGCUUUAAAAAACACUAUAAAACGACUGAAGCAACCAGAGCUUGGGCCAGUUGCAGCUAUGGACCCUCUGAUUGAUAAUAUGGAAGAUCAUCCUUAA